AUGAAAAACAUCAGUAGCAUUCCGGAGUCGGAGCCUAAACCUGAAACUGCUACUCUUCAAGAAGUACUUACUCUCGACUGUGACCAGUUUCGCCAAUUCCUAAACGAUUGUCAUACUAGCCAUGGUUUCGAUAUUUCGCGUAUAUCGGAUUUGGAUCAAUACCGUGAAAGUGAGGAGCUGGCCGACUUGAUCGAGAAACUGACUUCCACGAGAGAGCAGCCGGACUCCUUCGUCAACGCGUUGAUGAAAUCGCUCAGCAAACUCGCCCAAGACACGUCACAAAGCGAAGCGAACAGGCUGUCGCAAGAUCGAGAUACGAGGACCGAAACCCCGUCCCCUAGCCCUGAGCCCGGUUUUCCCCGUGAUAAUGGUCGGCAUGAGGCUUAUUGCCACGACGCACUCGUCCAAGCGGGAGGUCGCCCCGUAGUGUCUUUCGCACGUCUUCUUCAGACCAUUGAAAUGGGUCAAGAAGCCAGUACAGACAUAUUAAGAUCAUGGCUCAUAGAAGCGGACCUUGGCAAAAGCAAGGUUACCGUACCGCCUGUUUUCUCAGCUCAACUUGAAGAUUGGACGACCUUCCGAGGGAGUUGGCAGUGGGAUAAUCGUGGCCAGUGUGCCAGCGACGAGGGAUUCGCGUAUUUCCUAGAGGCUGAAAGAAAUAUGUGGACUCACUUUGGGGAAAUAAGGUUCGUGUCUGCAUCCUCUUUCGAGUCGGACACAAGACGCAUGUGGGACGAUCAACAAAGGCAUUUCGAAGUAUCCAACAAGCAAGAUUUCCCAGAAUACGUACGAGCCGUUAAGAAACGUCUUACAUCCCACCACUUUCUGCAAAAUUUCGAACUCGCCGAGGAUCCGCGACGCCAGGACGCAUGGACGACAUGGGUAGAGUAUCUCAACUAUACCUAUUGGUGGCAAGAUACGCACGCAGAAAUCAUGAAGGCAGAACAACCGGACUAUCAGAGAGCGUGGGACGAACUAAUCGAUUUCGACCACACCAAUGACGAUGAAGAGCCGCCUUCGAACAAAGCCGAGUGGCGUGCGGCCAGGCAUCAAAUAUGCAAGUUUGUCGAAAAAACGGGCAUGUACCGAAAAUAUGAGGCAUAUGUUCACCGACAAGAGUUACGUGCGCGCUGGAUUCUUGAUUUACUGCCUGCUAUGGAAGUUGCCUCAUCCAAUCAGCCAAAAAAGACGACUCACAAACCUGGUACGAGUGGCAAGAACAAAAGAAAGACUAGGGACAAUGGUGGCGCUGUAUGCGACGAAGCCGAUAGCGAGGUGGAUUAUAACAGAAGAACUGUUCAUGAGCUGAAGCUUGAGCUCAAGGCGCGGAAAAUAUCUUUUGUGGGCUUGAAAUUGAAGCAACACUUGGUUAGAAGGCUGCAGGAGACAGAUAGACCUCAUAGCUCUCACAAGAGAACCAAACUUGAUGGGCAGCAUGACGUCUAUCGUUCCUCGACAGCACAGCCUGAAGUGGGACUCGAAGUUGUCGCUGAUCCGCCACUUCGCCGCAGUGGACGCCUACGCACUAAAAGACAUAUCGAAUAG